AUGUGCUGGCGUCGAAUGGUCAAGGCGGACGGGCAGGAUCUUAAUACCUAUCUGUUGGUGCGAAAGGACGAGCCGGGGGAGGUCAAGGAGGGCGCGGAGGUCUCGGCUUCCCCCGCCGUGUUUGGUUUCGGGGCCUCCCAGGGGAGCACGUCCACGGCGGGGUUUGCGACCUCCACCCCGACCCCGGCCGGGGGGUUUAGUUUUGGCUUUGGACAGGGAAAUGGGGCCUCGCCGGCCCCACCAGCGCCGUCGACGACCUCGUCGACGGGGUUUUCAUUUGGCUUUGGGGGAACCCCGGCCGGUGGCAACUCGACCACGGCGGUCGACUUCGGGCUUUCGAAGCCGGGCGCUCCAUCGGUUUCCACAGGAUCUGGGGCGACGCCUACCGCGGACGGGAAGGAACCCGCCGUCGAUGAAAGCGCGGUGGCCGUAAUGCCUCUGAAGCCUUCGGAGGUGUACUUUACGUUAUGGUCGAAGGCGCGUGUCCAGGAGAUGAUAAAGGAGAUCAAGUCCGGUAGUCGUUUAGUACGCGAUAAUUUCACCCUCAAGUCCCCAACAGGUUCCGAAUUGAAGAUCAAACUGGUGAUGGAAAACGACCGUAAGGACAAGGUUGGGGACACCGUCCGGCAUCUUAUUCUAACCCGACUUUUCUCAAAGCAAGACCCUGAGGUGGGGGCGAUCAUCGAUUGGAUUGAUGCGUGCCCUGUGUUUGAUGAAGGGCUUGUAGCUGGCUUGCAAUCUUUUCGAAAGCGCUACGUCAGCCAGCGGGCGUCUUCUUCUGAACUGUUUGCUAAUCUGUUUGAUGCUUAUCAUGUGCAAAUCCAAGAAGAACUAGAGCGAAUUGUCGCGAUUCGAGCUAAAGCGGCAAAGUCGGAAUUAGAUCAGCUCAAUUCUAUUAACAAACAGCUGAUGGAAGGGAAGUUGGCGGAAAAGAGUACUUUCCGCCUACUCAAGUAUUACCCUAAGAAUGACAUUCAAAAAUUUCGCCCCUAUAAAAAGAUAGGAGGAAUUUCGGAGAUGGGUGAAUAUGUGGAUGUGUGUGAACCGCCAGCGCAUGAAAAUAUCAACCCCUUUACUGGUAAACCAAUGUGA